GUGUGGUAGAAACUAACGUUGGCGCUCCUAUAGCAGCCAGCCAUGUCACAAGGAAUGAUUGCGUGGUAUACCCACAUUGCUCUGGCUGCAGCCUUAGCUCUACAUGCUGUGCUGACGGGUACGGCGACGGCGGCCGUUGGUCUUGUUAGCAGCCGCCGGCUGGCCGGGUACUGUCCGAGCAAGUGCGGCGAGGUGGAAAUCCCCUACCCAUUCGGCAUCGGCGAAGGCUGCGCCAGGCCAGGCUUGGAUAACUUUACCGUCGAUUGCGACCACAGCUUUAGCCCUCCCAGACCGUAUUUCAGCAACAUAGAGAUCAUCGACAUCUCUCUGGAGGCAGGGGAGAUGCGCAUCUAUACUCUCGUGGUGUACGACUGCUACAACUCAUCCAACACCACCGACAACUCCCAAGGAUUCGACUCGCUCAACGUCACCGGAUUGCCCUUCCUGCUGGCGCAGACGAGGAACGAGUUCACGGCCGUCGGCUGCGGCGCAGCGGCGUUGCUAUGGGGCAGGGACGAUGGGAGCUACUUGACCGGCUGCAUCUCGACGUGCAUGAGCUUGGACGAGGCUGCCAACGACGGUGACCCGUGCACAGGGCUGGGGUGCUGCCAGGUGCCCUCCAUCCCGCCCAACCUUAGCACCAUUGCCAUGACGUGGGCUACUGGGAACCUCGGCGACAACUAUGCGUGGAGAGAAGCCCCUUGCCGCUACGCCUUCGUGGCCGAGAAAGGCUGGUACCAUUUCAGCCGGCGAGAUUUCAGUCCUGCAGGCAGCGAGAGCUUUGCCAAUCGUGCUGGAGAAAGAAGUGUCCCAACAGUGCUUGAGUGGGCCAUCAGGAGCGAUGGAUUGUGCUCACGGUCAACACGACAAGCUCCUGCCUGUGUUAGUGCCAAAAGCUACUGCGUCAACACCACCAACGGAGAGGGCUACCUCUGCAAGUGCUCUGCAGGAUACGACGGCAAUCCUUAUGUCACCGGGGGCGGUGGAUGCACAAAUAUUAACGAGUGCCAGCUUAGAAGAAUGGAUCCUGCAAAGUACGAGAAGGUUUAUCCUUGUUACAGUGGUAGCAGAUGCCAUGACACAGAGGGUGAUUAUAAGUGCAAAUGCCGGUUUCUACAUAGAGGGGACGGUAAACUCGACGAUGGAUGCCGGCCCAUAUUUCCCGGGGUUAUUUUGAUCUUCUGGGCAGUAACCGUCAUCGCCGGUGUUGUCGUGGCGUUCCUGACGCUCUACGUUAUGAGGGAGCGUAAGAGGCGUAAGCAGAAAGAAUUAUACGACAAAAACGGUGGCAACAUACUGAAGAAGAUGAUUAACGACAUCACAAUGUUUACAGAAGAGGAGCUGAAGGAGAUGACACGUUAUUGUGGAAAUAGAGAGCUCGGAAAGGGUUAUUUUGGUGUGGUUUACAAGGGGAUUACCAAGAACAAGGAGGAGGUUGCGGUGAAGCGCUACACCAAAAAAGGAGGGGGGCACAACAAACAGGACUACGCGGAUGAGAUCAUCAACCAGGCUCGGAUCCAGCACGCGAAUCUAGUACGUCUCGUCGGUUGCUGCCUGCAAACGGAUGUGCCCACUCUGGUUUUGGAGUUCGUCCCUGGAGGCAGCCUCUACGAUUUGCUCCAUGGCAAUGGCCGUCACAGGCAUCUUCCACUGCCAACGCGUGUGGACAUUGCCGUUGGCAGUGCGGAAGCUCUGGCAUACAUGCACUCCAGUAUUGACCACAAAAGCACUGUUCAUGGGGACAUCAAGCCCGCCAAUAUUCUCCUUGGCAUCAAUCUGGAGCCCAAGGUGUCUGACUUUGGAUCGGCCAAGCUUACGUCUGUCGCUAAAUCCGGUGUCUGGGCCGUCAGCGGAGAUAACAGCUACACCGACCCUGCCUAUUAUAAGACAGGCGAUUUCACAGAGAAAAGUGACGUGUACAGUUUUGGGGUCGUCCUCCUAGAGCUCAUCACGCGGAAGAAAGCCUACUCCAAGUCCGAGGAAAAAAAAAGCCUAGCGUUACGCUUUUACAAGUACUACACGGAUGAAGAUGCGAGAAGGAACAUGUACGACCACAACAUGCUGUCAUCAGCUGACGCUGCUCCGCUGCCUUGCUACAUGGAGUGCCUCGACAGGAUGGCUAGCCUCGCCAAACGGUGCAUUGAUCCGGACGACGACGAGAGGCCCACCAUGGCUGAGGCACUGGAGGAGCUUAAGCAGUUGCGUGCAACCCUUCAUGUCAACUGCGACGACGGUCCAACCACUCCAACGCAUGGAGUAGAAAUUAACUAAGCUCUGGGUUGUGGAUAGCAUUUAUAAUUUCUCUUCGAUCGACCUCGCCAGCAGAUAUACAUAUGUACGCUGGUUAGUUUGCACGGGCAUACAUAGAAAUGUAACAUUAGUUACGCACGUUAAUUCCUAGUUAUAUACGCUAGCAGCUAGCUCCUGCUCUGUUACAUGAUGGAAUUAUAUGUUUGUAAUCAUGAGCAUACUUUCUGUCUUUAGACUAGCAGCAUUUUAGUUGCACCUUACAAAUUAGUUUGCUUUGGGUUCGAUCCUUGCAUUGCAUGCAUAUAGUCAGAUCGGAACCGGCCUUUCAGCUUAUUUUGUUUCAGUUAUCGGUGCAGAGCUUAGUCAGUGUCUGAUCCGUUUUGUUUUAGUGCAUGUAACAAACUCCUGUGUGGAGAGAGCAAUAAAAGGAAAAACCCCGAAAAGCUGAGCAAGAUUGAGG